AUGACGCAGAACAGCCUUAGAAUCCUGUCAGCAAAUGUACGAGGCUUCAGAACCAACGUUGGCGAGCUCACACACGCCGUCCUCAGGAACCGAGCUGAUGUGGUGGUGGCAGUCGAAACGUUUCUGAACGAUGAGUGUGUGACAUCGUGUGACAGGAUUCCUGGCUACUGCCACUGGGAGCGACGCGAUCGGAAAGACAGACAGGGCGGAGGUGUGGCUGUUUGUUACCGGGAGGGCCUGCGACUACAGUCACUCUCUGUCCCUGUCGCCGAGCACAUGGAGGCCAUGUUCUUCCGCCUCCUCCUCGCAGAUAUAAGCGCCGUACUUCUCGUCGCCCUGUAUCGCCCUCAGUGGCAAGGCAGCGAGCCCCUCACCUUCCUCACCGACCAGCUUGACACCAUCCUAGCCACCUACGACUGCCAGAGCACAGCCAUCGUGGGUGACAUGAACCAGCAUAUGGUAAGCAGGGCCUUCACUGAGCUGACAGUGGUCCACGGGCUCACAAACCACGCCACCUUUCCCACUCACAUGCGUGGGGGCUCGUUGGACCCUGUCUUGACCGACCUGCCCGGGGACUCAGUGCAAUGCCGCCCUCUGAAGAGAAUCGGCAGCUCCGACCAUAAUGCGGUGCUGACUGAACUCGGCCUCAACCCCUCGCGUGAGGAAGCAAGGCAACGCGUCAUCUGGCUGUGGCAGCGGGCAGACUGGCAAGCCAUGAAGCGGGCACUAGCUGACACUGACUGGGACGCCACAAUCAGUGGUGACGUUGACCACAAUGUGUCAGCCUUCUCUGCCACUCUCCUCCAAGCCCAGAGGCAGCAUGUCCCUCACAGGGCAUAUAAAGCCGACCCACGCGACCAGCCGUGGUUCGGCUAUAGGUACCGACUGGCUGCAGAGGAUAAGUACAGCGCCUGGAGGCAAUACAAGCUCCGUCCCUCCCAGCGUAACAAGGCUCUGCACCGCGCUGCAUGCAAGGCCAUGACAAGGACAGCAGCGUGGGCCAGUAAAAGGUGGGAAAACAGCCUCAGGAGGAAGCUGGCGUCCAACCAAGUUGACCCCAAGCAGUGGUGGUCCUUGGUGAAGGAAAGGCAAGGCACCGUCACGCAAGACAGGAUCCCGCCUCUCAAGACGCCUGCAGGGGGCCUGGCAGUACAGAACCAGGAUAAAGCUGACCUUCUGGCAAUCCACUUCAGCAGCAAGAUGACUAUCGAGGAGCCAGACAGGCAGCCCCCCCUCCUCCCCCGUCUGGGUAACUUUGUCCUGGAAAACCUGGAGAUCACAGAGGGCACAGUGACCAAACACCUCCGAGACACCAACACCAGGAAAGCCCCAGGCCCGGAUGACAUCAGCCCUUUCCUGCUGAAGCACUGUGCAGGGGAGCUGUUGCACCCCCUCACACGUAUCUUCAGACAGUGCCUAAGUGCAGGGGCCUGGCCGACCCUGUGGAAAGAGCACCAGCCUUGCAGCCCCGCCUCGCGUUCCCUGGGGAGGCACCGUACGCGUGGCACUCAGUCCCCGCACCACCGCGCCGUGCCUCCGCCGCCGGGCUCCUCCAGCACCUGA